CACACACACACACUUCCUCUAUAAUCAGCAGCGUGCCAUCAGUCGUCCUUAACCAGCAGCAGCAGCAUCGUCCUCGUCCUCUCCUGUCAAACCAAACCAUGGCUUUAUGGGACGCCGUCGCAUCCAACCAAUCGGAUUUCCUCUACAACGACACCGAUUCUGACUACGACUUGGUAGAACCUUGUUCUUUCCAGAACAGCCACGGGGUGGAGCGGCUCAUCGCAGUGUUCAUCCACCCCAUCAUCUGCAUCCUGGGCUUUGUAGGGAACAGCCUGGUGAUCAUCACCUACGCCUUCUACAAGAGAACCAAGUCCAUGACCGACGUGUACCUGCUCAACGUGGCUGUCGCAGACCUGCUCUUUGUGGCGGCACUGCCCCUCAUCGUCUACAACGAGUUGUCAUCGUGGUCCAUGGGGCGGGCGGCAUGCAAGUUGCUGCGCAGCUGCUACAGUGUGAACCUGUACAGUGGCAUGCUGCUGAUCGCCUGCAUCAGUGCCGACCGCUACGUCGCCAUCGUCAAGGCUCGCCGCAGUUUCAGACUCCGCUCGCUGCCCUACAGUCGCGUCAUCUGCGCCGUGGUCUGGACCUUUGCCUUCACGCUGUCCUUCCCCACCUUCUUCUUCUACGACUGGUACGAGCCCAGCCACACCCGCGAUGCCUUCUUGGACGAGGAAGAGGAGGGGAAUCAGACCUUCAAGUCGCCACAGCAUGUCUGUGAAUUCAAGUUUGUGAACGACGCGGAGGCCUGGACCAUCAAGGUGGCCGUCCCGAGCACGCAGCUGGCCGUGGGCUUCUUCCUGCCGCUGCUCAUCAUGACUGUCUGCUACGCCGCUGUCAUUGUCACGCUGCUGAGAGCCAGAAACUUCCAGCGCCACAAAGCGGUGCGAGUGGUGCUGGCCGUGGUGGUGGUGUUCAUUGCCUGCCACCUGCCCUACAACGUUGCCUUGUUUUAUGACACCGUCGAAAUGUUCUGGCAGCGGACGUGUGAAGAGUCCGACGCCCUGCAGGUGGCCAAGACGGUGGCGCGGACUGUGGCCUACCUGCACUGCUGCAUCAACCCGGUGCUGUAUGCCUUUGUGGGCGUGAGGUUCAGGAACCACUUCAGAAGGAUCUUCCAGGACCUGUGGUGUCUGGGGAAACGCUACAUUGCCCCGCGCCGUUUCUCCAGGGUCACCUCCGAGGUCUUCGUGUCCACUCACCGCUCGGUUGACGAAUCCAGCGACAACGGCUCGUCAUUCACCAUGUAAACCAAAGAGUUAGCAUGCGCCGCUUCGUCUGUUUUUGUCUCUUUGUUGUUUUUAGUUGAAGAAAGCGUUAGAUCUUCAGAGUAAAAUGUUCUGAUUGGUCAGAAGUUAUCGCAAAUUGAACCAGGUCAGGAGACGUUUACAGGUUCACCAUCAGUUAACCAGGGUCAAACCUGAAGGUAUCUGGAUGAGUGAAAGUCCUGCCUCCUUGUUCUGGCCCCUUUAAAACCUCAGAUUGUUUUUUUUUUAACUUUGAUCAU